CGGGCGCGCAAUGGCGCGCGGGCCGGCUAAGAAGCGGCGGCGCGAGUCGUCGCCCCCUGCCGCCGGCGCGGCGAGCGGCGGGAGGAAGCUCCUCACCGGCGAGCACGUCGAGGUGCUCAGUUGUGAUCCAGGGCUAUGUGGUUCGUGGCAUCAAGCUGUUGUUAUUGGUAUUUUGGACAAUGCUCGCACUGUAAGAUAUACUGAUUUCAUUGACGAAAAUGGAUUGCCUCUUGUUGAGAAUAUUCAAGUGUCAGAUGCCAUUGAUGGCAAGUCAAGCAUGACUGGGGAACUCGUUCGUGGGAAUGUAAGGCCGAUGUGUCCACAUCAACCAUUGCAGGUAUCGGAUGCAAGCUAUGGGCUAUGUGUUGAUGCAUUCUUGGAAGGAUCCUAUUGGGAAGGUGUUAUUGUUGAUCAUGCUCAAGGGUCCAUGGAAAGGAAAGUCUUUUUUCCUGAUGAAGGUGAUGAAUGCAUUAUUGGGGUUGAUCAGCUACGUCUUACUCAAGACUGGGAUGAAGUUACGGGGAAAUGGAAACCACGCGGAUUCUGGUUGUUUCUCCAGAUACUUUUGUCACAUGAAGAGAGUGAUGGUUUACCUGUAUCAGUCAGGCAGAUAUGGUUUGACUUGAGAUCUAAACCUUCUUUUAGGACUGAUGCCAAAAUGUGGAUGUGUGGAACAGAAGCUUUUUGGGAGAGAUCACUUGCAGACCUCAUCACUGAAUUGCAGUCUAUAUGUGGCAGGGCUACCCUGGAUGGAUAUCAAGUGGAAACCUAUUCUUCAUUGUUAGAAGGUUCAGACUCAGCAGCCUUUCAAAAGGAGAGAGUUGAGACCACUGUCUUGGAUAAACUGGAUCCCAUUCCAGCUGUUAUCUUCCAAACCUUGUCAGAAUACAUCUCAUGCUACCGCAACAAUAAAAGGAAAAGUGCUCUUGUAAAAAAGGAGUUGGCAAAGCAACACCUUAAAUCUUUAGGAUGGACCAUGCUGGAUGACAGAGGUAAGAACAAGUUUUACAUCUCACCUGAUGGCAAGCGGUUCCCAUCUUUUCUAGGAGCAUGUGAGGCAUGUUUAGCAUCAAAAGAAGCAAAUGAUGACCAAGAUUGUCAUACAAAUAAUUUGCUUCUGGAUAGUGCUAGUGUGGUGCCCAAAAAUUUACAUUACGUCCCAACCAGCAUGGAUCUCAUCUUGACAGAGAACAAGUCCAAUGAUAAAUUGAUAGAAACUUCAUCAAGACAUUGGGAGUCGGUUCAACUGGAUGCACAAUUUUCCCCGCAGAUAGCUUCACUUCUUGCAAAUUACCAAGAUGGCACUGCUGUUCUACAGAGGCGCAUCAACAGCACUCAGAGUUUAAUGUUGAAGAAGCAUCUGCUGGCACUGGGUUGGAGUAUUAAGUUCAAAGUUGAUGAAAUGGUGCAAGAAAAUGGUCAUCGCAGAAAUUUUACAAGAUACAGGUACGAGUCACCUGAUGGGAAGACUUAUGCUUCUGUCAUUCAGGUAAUAUGCAGCUUGAUAGUUGGAAGUGGUAAACAAGUUGAUGGAAACAGAGUGGAUGGUAUAACUGGCAAGUACAAUCAUUGGGCAGCACCAAAAGAAGAUGAUCAUGCGUCAGUGUCGACGGACCUGGCAAGGCUCGGUAAGCGUAAACGAGAGGAUAAAUUUGGUGCCCUUGGAAAAUACAUAGACUAUAUGGAAGCUGAUAAGCAAAACUCCAGAAGAAGGAAACUUUUGAGAUCAAAUGCUAAGAAGUUUCUCAAAUCUGCUGGAUGGAAUUUUUGGCGAAAGGAGAAGUCUAGAAACAAACUCGAGUUGAGGUAUAGUGCUCCACAUGGCAAGUCCUACAACUCUCUAGUGGCAGCAUGUAAAGGAUACCUAGAAAUGGAACAUCAAGAAAACAAUGAUCAAAGCUUUGGAAUUGCCGACUAUGAUUCUACUGAUGGUUCUAUGCAUCCAUCCAAAUUGAUAGCACUCAGUGGUCGGCUAAGGGAUUCAAACCGAAGACAUGAUAUGCCAGUUUUGGACAGAUGUAGUAACAUAUUUACCUUCUCCACACGUCAUGGAAAGUCUAGGAAAAGAAAAUCAUCAUCAGUUCCUCUGACCUGUGCACAAUUUCUCUGUUCAAGACAUGGACGAGUUCUUCCAAGUCAGCAUCGUGCAAAGACAAUUUUUUCUUUGUUGAUAGAGAAAAAUAUUCUGUUACCCAGAGAUAAGGUUACAUAUAAGCAAAUAAGUGAUGGACCUGGGAUAAAGGAAGGCUCUAUUGGUAGAGAUGGAGUAAAAUGCAUGUGUUGCAACGAAAUAUUCUCUCUGGAGAAUUUUGAGGUUCAUGCUGGGAGCAGUACUCCAUUACCUUCUGCCCAUAUGUUUUUGAAGGAUGGAAGAUCCCUAUCACAGUGUUUAGUUGAUCUCAUGGGUGUAAACACGCCCAGAGAUUCACUGCGUGUGCGCUUGAAGGGAAGAUAUUCUGAUCUGGAAAGUGAUUCAAUAUGCUCAGUGUGCCAUGAUGGUGGGGAAAUAUUACUGUGUGACAAUUGUCCAUCAUCUUAUCAUCAUGACUGUGUCGGUUUGGAGGCAAUUCCAGAAGGAAGCUGGUACUGCCCAUCCUGCAGAUGCAAUAUUUGUAACUUGAGUGAUUAUGAUCCUGAUACCAGCCAAUUCACGGAGAAGACAAUAGUGUACUGUGAUCAGUGUGAACGGGAAUAUCAUGUUGGUUGCACUAGACAUAGUGGCCAUGAGCUUAUCUGCCGACCAGAAGGGUGUUGGCUUUGCAGCAGUGGAUGCUCAAAGAUAUUUCAACAUUUGCAAGAACUCAUUGGGAAGUCGGUUCCAACUCCAGUUAAAGGCUUAUCUUGUACUAUCUUGAGAUUUUACAGAGAAAACAGCAGUGAUCAUGGUCACUAUGACGAUGCAAUAAUGGCCGAACAUUAUGUCAAGUUGUGCAUUGCGCUUGAUGUUCUUCAUGAAUGCUUUGUUACUAUUAUUGAGCCUCGCACAGAGAGUGAUAUUUCUGAGGAUAUUGUCUUCAAUAGAGAAUCGGAACUCAGACGACUAAAUUUUAGGGGAUUCUACACGAUACUUCUCCAGAAAGGUGGUGAAGUAGUAUCUGUCGGCACUUUUAGGAUAUGCGGCCAGAAGUUUGCUGAGCUGCCUCUGAUUGGCACAAGAGUUCCAUAUCGUCGACAAGGGAUGUGCCGACUUCUAAUGAAUGAACUGGAAAAGUUGCUUUUGGACUUGGGGGUAGAAAGGCUUCUGAUACCGGCAGUUCCCGAACUUCUGGAAACAUGGACAGGCUCAUUUGGUUUCACAGUGAUGUCGAACUCUGAUAGGAUUUUGUUGGCAGAGAACAGCAUUCUCAGUUUCCAGGGAACCACCAUGUGUCAGAAGGUUUUAAAUAUUGCAUGCAACAAUCUGCAAGAUCAAAAUGUUCCAUCGAUAUCCAACUCUAUAUAUGAUAAGGAUGUAGAUAUUGCAUCCACUCAUUCAGAAGUGUUGAAUGGAACAAUGAUGUGUAUUAGUAUCGACAGAACAACUAUAUGUGACAAGGCUGUAAAUAUUGCAUCCACUUGUUCAGAAGUGUUGAUUGGAACAACAAUGUCCAACUCUGACAGAGAAUUGGCUGAAAACUCCAGUCCCUGUUCUCUCGGAACCAGUUCAUGUCAGAAGGUUAUCAACACACUCGGUCGUCCAGAAGGAUUGAAUGGGUUUGACUACCAAGUGCAAGAAAGUAACAUCAUCGGUGAGACAAUGGAAAGUGAUUGUCAAGAAGGCACUUCAAUAGCAAUAGAAGAGAUGGAGCAACUGGAAACGGAGCUGGUGCCUGAAAUUCAGAAUAACAGCGGUGAAGAGGGCAUUUGUUUCAUUGAUGGUCUGAAAAGUAUGCCAGAACCUCAAGUUGGUUUGGCAGUCGAGCAAGAGCUGGUACUGGAAACUCAGAAUAACAGUGCUGAAGAGGGUAUUUGUUCCAUUAACAGGUGUGAAGAGGGUAUUUGUUCCAUUGAUGCUCUGACUAGUGCGCAAUUUGGUGUAACAGUGGACAUGCAUGAGCAACCGUAUGGCAGUGCCGGUGCAGAUCAGUGCAGCGAGAAUUGCACUUCGACUGAUGUGGCCCAGCCUGUAACACGAAAUACAGCUCCAGGAUUGAAAUACAAGUUCUCAGGAAAAUGCUAUGAGCGGGUAAAAAAUGGCGCUCAUCCGAGGAAUGUCUGGCUUAGAGUCUCCACGAAAUGAUAACCAAGGGUGGAUCCUCUGGAGCUGUGGAUGUAGAAGGAUAUGAAUUUUGAGAAAUAAAGUUUGAGCCAUCAUCGACUUGGCCUUGUCUGUGCGCCAGUCAGAGCUAACAUAACCUGGCUAUGGAAGCUAAGCGAUCGUGUGGUAUGUUGCUUCACAGUGUAAAUUUAGGAGUAUCAAGCUGUUAAAGAGUUAACAUCCUAUCCAGCUAUGAGGAAAAGUAGAAUAUGUUGUAUCGAUUUCUGUGGAUAGUUUUAACCUUGAAAGUUGGUAUUAUCAGUCCUCGUUACA